UCUGGAAGCAUUCAGGAGUCGGUCAUUUCCCCGUUGGUCGCUCCUACGCCGCGGCGCCGACUUCGAUCCUCCGGCCACUCCGAUGGCUUCCCCGCUGCUCCGCUCCUCCGCCGCCAUCCUCCGCCGAUCGAACCCGCGGGCGUGGACCUUCCCCCGGCGCCCCGGCCAGUCCUCCGUCGAGGGCCCCCGCUUCCUCAGUUCUGGGGCUGGGGGGGGGGGGGGGGGGGGGGGGGGGGGGGUCGUCGAACCCAAGGCGUGCUGCGUGGCCCACAUGCGCACGGAGGCGGCCCUGGAGAAGCUUAAUGAGAACUUGUGUGUGAUGGAGAAGGAUAUUGGUACUCUGCUAGAACAUGAGAGACGCUUAGAGCGUAGCGAGCAGUUCCACAAGAGAUUGUCCUACGUCCUCAUUCCAGGUGCCGCCGCGUUCUUUGUCUUCUGCCCGGACAAGAAGAGGGAGCCCUCGACGGAGGGGCAAUUGGGCAUCUAGCUUCAUCCGUGAAAACAUAGGGCCUUCUUCAUGUGAUCAGUGGUAACAGAAGGUUCUUGAACUGUGUGGUUGGUUGAGUUGCGGAGUUUGGUUGGUUGGGUUUUCUGAUCACUCAGUUUGGAGGCGGACGUGAAACGAUCAUCUGGCAAAAUUAGGAACAAAGUCUUAUGUUGCUUCCAAGGUGUUGGUUUGAAUGGAAGUCGAAACAGCCAUCCAAUGUGGUUUUCUCGUUGUGUUGAGCAAAGUCGUUUGUCUGGAA